UGGACAAAUCAUUGUGGCAUCGUCUCACUCAGCGCAGAUCUCAAACUUUCACAGAUUUCGGCUCUAGACAAUCCGCGCCACCUGCUAGUCCAAGUAGAACAUAAACAACAACAUUUUCAACCUUUCUAUAUCCUCACAAUCUACGCACCCGCAACAUCACCAACCCAAAGACGACAAUUUUUCGGAGCACUAUACCACUCAGCAAUCUUUGACCAACAACAACCUUACAGAGAAAGGUUGAUCCUCACAGGAGACUUCAAUUAUAGCCUUCAAAGACCAGGAUAUCAUCUCAACGCACCUCAAGCCUGGUUCAACAUGCUCCAACACCAAUUUACCAACUGCAUCACCCCAGAUCAGCAAGAAUCACCACAACCGACCUUCCGUAGAGGUGAUAGUACAAUGUCCACUAUUGAUUACAUCUAUGCAGCCUCCUCCGCAUUCCAAAAUACAGUGAAGACCAGAGAAGUAUCCUAUGUCGCUAGCUCAUGGUCUGAUCAUGCAUUAUUGUCUACUACAUAUAACCUGGGUCCCGCUCCUACAGGCAAAGGAUAUUGGCAGGGCAACCCCCUGAUCUUAACGUUCAAAGACUUUCGCCGACAACUCGCAACACAACUCACUGCUUUCUUUGAACACACCAACAGCAAUUCAACACCGCAGCACCAAUGGGAAGAGCUGAAGCGUUUAAUCAAGCACCAAAUGCAACAAUAUUGCCGGCAACGCAUCAGCCGUACUUCAGCCUACCUCAACAAAUUACAAUCGAAGCGCAACCGAUUUUUACGGUCCAAUCCAACACCAGCGGCACGAACCUGGUUCUUGAACAUCAUUGAACAACAAAUCUCAGCAGCACAACAAGAAGUGUGCGAUACUCUUGCCCUACGAGCAGGCAAGCGCUGG